UGAUGUUUACACUCGCCGAGGUCGCUUCCUUGAACGACAUCCAGCCGACGUACCGCAUCCUGAAGCCAUGGUGGGACGUCUUCAUGGACUACCUGGGCCUGGUCAUGCUCAUGCUGGCCAUAUUCGCCAUGACCAUGCAGAUCACCAAGGACCAGGUGGCUUGUCUUCCCUGUCUCGAGGAGCCGGAGGAGGUCUCAGGGGCCAAACCGAACUCCUUCCCUCAGCAGACUACACAGGCCUCAUACACAGCUCCCGGGGCCCCUGUGAUGACCAGUGCCCCCCUUGUCACUAAGGACUUACCGGACGAGGUCGUCCACGAGAUCCAUGUCACACACCAACACACGUCUGUAUCAAAGAAAUACGUCAAUCAACCUCAACCAACCGGAGUCAGGACCAACCUGGACUAUCAACAAUAUAUCUUCAUUAACCAAAUAUGCUACCAUGUUGCCUUGCCCUGGUAUUCCAAGUACUUUCCAUACCUCACCCUCAUCCACACCCUCGUCCUCAUGGUCAGUAGCAACUUCUGGUUCAAAUACCCCAAAACAAGCUCAAAGAUAGAGCAUUUUGUUUCUAUUCUGGGCAGAUGUUUUGAGUCUCCCUGGACAACAAAGGCUUUGUCUGAAACAGCGUGCGAGGACUCAGAAGAGAACAAACAGAGGUUAACCGGUACUUCCUCUGCCCCAAAGAAAGUGUCUUUGGAGGGGAAGGAUGAAGGCACAAAUGUAAACUCAUCCACACCCAUGCUGGGGGUGAAGUUCUCUGCAGAUAAGCCCAUAGCAGAAGUCCCAAGUAGCAUGACAAUCCUGGACAAGAAAGACGGGGAGCAAGCCAAAGCGCUAUUUGAGAAAGUACGAAAAUUCAGGGCUCAUGUGGAGGAUAGUGAUUUUAUCUACAAGCUUUAUGUAGCGCAGACUGUUGUCAAAACUGUCAAAUUUAUUUUGAUAUUGUCAUACACUUCUAACUUUAUGGCUAAAAUCAAUUUUACGCAUGAUUGUAAACCAAAUAUUGAACAGCUGACAGGAUACAGUAAGUUCUACUGUACGCACAACAUGGCUUUCAUGCUGAACAAGCUGCUCAUAAGCUACAUGGCGUUGAUUUUGAUCUACGGCAUGGCUUGCUUGUACUCACUCUUCUGGGUGUUUCGACGACCGCUCAAAGAGUACUCGUUUGAGAAGGUGAGGGAAGAGAGCAGCUUCAGUGACAUUCCUGAUGUCAAAAACGACUUUGCAUUCCUCUUACACAUGGUUGACCAGUACGACGAGCUCUACUCCAAGCGCUUUGGUGUCUUCUUGUCUGAGGUCAGUGAAAACAAGCUGAGGGAGAUCAGCCUCAAUCACGAGUGGACCUUUGAAAAGCUGAGGCAGCUGGUGACCCGGAACGCACAGGACCAACAGGAGCUGCACCUUUUCAUGCUCUCUGGUCUCCCGAACGCUGUGUUCGACCUCACAGACCUGGACGUGCUGAAACUGGAGCUUAUUCCAGAGGUGAGGUUCACAGCAAAAGUCUCCCAGAUGACCAGCCUGCAGGAGCUGCAUCUCUGCCACUGCCCGGCUAAAGUGGAGCAGACAGGUUUCGCUUUCCUGCGUGAUCACCUUCGCUGCCUUCACGUCAAGUUCACUGAUGUUGCUGAGAUCCCGACAUGGGUGUACUUGCUGAGGAGUUUGAGGGAGCUGAACCUGAUUGGCAACUUAAGCUCAGAAAACAACAAAAUGAUCGGUCUGGAGUCCAUGCGCGAUUUGAGGCAUUUAAAGACAUUGUGUUUGAAGAGCAACCUCACCAAGAUGCCCACAAACAUCACAGAGCUUUCCCCACAUCUGAUCAAGUUGGUGGUGCACAAUGAUGGUACGAAACUGCUGGUACUGAACAGUCUGAAAAAAAUGACGAGUCUCAUUGAAGUGGAGCUUCACACCUGUGAACUGGAGAGGAUUCCCCAUGCCAUUUUCAGCCUCACCAACCUGCAGGAACUCGACCUGAAAUCCAACAACAUCCGAACCAUCGAGGAGAUCAUCAGCUUCCAGCACCUCAAGAGACUUACAUGCCUGAAGCUUUGGCACAAUAAGAUUAUCACCAUCCCGUCAUCCAUCGGACAAAUCAAGUCUCUGGAGGCCCUACACCUAUCUCACAAUAAACUUGAGUCCCUGCCUCCAGCAUUGUUCACGCUGCCCAAACUGCGGCAUUUAGACGUGGGCCACAACUCCAUUACGAUCCUCCCUCCUGAUGUGGGUCUUCUCAACAACCUGCAGCACCUAGCCAUCAACUCCAACAAGCUGGAGGUGCUGCCCAAGCCUCUGUUUAGAUGUAACAAGCUAAAGGUGCUGUGCCUGGGUAACAAUGCGCUCACCGUGCUGCCAGAGUCAGUGGGUCAGCUGGUGCAGCUCACUCAGCUGGAGCUCCGAGGGAACUGUCUGGACAGACUGCCCGCCCAGCUUGGAAACUGCCGAAUGUUGCGCAAGAGCGGCCUGGUUGUGGAGGACCAUCUCUUUGACGCACUGCCUGUGGAAGUCAAGGAGAGUAUCAGCCAAGAGACCAACGCUUUUUCCAGUGGCUUAUAGCACAAAAACCACGACCCAGACAGGCUGGCACCUCUUGUGGUUCAUGACAAGUCUGUGUAGACUUUUUUUUAUUUGUAAUAUCUAUUAAUGAAUGCAUUUUAGAGUUUUAAAGCUAGUAUCAGCCUUUGAUACUGUCUUAAUUACAGUAUCAGGUAUCGACAAUACGCCAGUAAAUGCACUGAUCUGAUACAAAAACCAAUUAGCCUCCUAAAAAUCUGCAGUUUCAAAUUAACCCAAUCGUGACAAUAAUAAAUUACAACAUUGUGUUUCUAGCAGAGAGUUUGCUCUUAGUCAGAGCUAGCAAAAUGUCAACAUUAAAUGUUUUCCAAAAAUAUUAUGUAUAUUUUUUUUUAAUCAGACUAGUAUCAGAAGGGAUGCUCAGUAUUUGCCAAUACUCAAGUCCCAGUAUUGUUAUCAGGAAGGAGACAUUUUUCAGAACAUCUGUUAUUUCUUAGUUAUUGGAAUGGAUCAUCAUAGUUGCUUAUGUGUAAAACUGGUACAGAAUGCUUUUCUUCUUGCUGAGUUUCUGAUUCAGUGAACUUUUGGGAUUUUUUUUUUCCAUUGCUUUUAGUAAACAAAAAAACAUUAGAAAUUUAGCAGUAAAUAUCUAUUGACCAAAUUUGUUUCCUCUAAUGACACAGUAUGUAGAUUACUCAUUGUACUCAGGUAUAACUGUAACCAUGGGGAACAAUCUUUUUGCCUUAACUGCUGCUAUUGUUUUGUUUUACAGUGAGGGCUUUCACAUGCAAAAGGCCAAAAAUUAUGAUUUUCUGUUUCCAUGUCAGUUUUCCAUGCCGACACUAUCCAUGCAGAAAUGUGUUAGAACAGACGUUAACAUGCAACCACUUCCUUCUCUGUUGUUUUAAACUUUUCUUGUAACGAUGUAACCUUUUUAUUUUUCUCAACAACUUGUAGCUGACAGAAUGAGUUCAGAGUUGUAAAGCUCAGGUUGAGACUAAGCACUAGAAAUGAACCUUUAUCUUCUUGUUGUAGAGAUUGUAUUCUAAGGCCUAUAGUAAUUCCUUUGCACAUGCACAAAUAUAAUGAUUUGAAGAUCGCUGAAUGUCCUUUGUGAUAACACAUCCCAGUAACAACAUGAGCUGAUAAAAGAAAGGGAAAUCUGUUGAUUGUCUUUUUUUUUUUUAAUCACACUUAAAAACCGAAAAAGACAAAAUGUGUAAUGACGACAAAAGUGUCUGCCUUCGUUCUUUUCAGUGUAUUUCUGUGUAGGCCUCUUUACAGUGAGUGUUCCCAAGAGCUGCUGUAACACCUUGGUUAUCCUAUGCUCAAAGUCCACUGCUUUAUGGCACAAUAAAUCAAGAUUUUAGAUGAA